UCCCGGGCCCCGCCCCUGAAGGUCCCGGGCCCCGCCCCUGAAGGAUCCGGGAGCCGCCCCGGCUGCCAUGGAGAUCGGCUGCGGGACGGCGGGUCACCUGGGCCAGACGUCCGUCUGCAGCCUCCCCCUGCAGAUCUCUCUCUACUUCAAUUGCGUCUACUUCCCCUUCUGGUGGGUCUGUCACCUUGUCAUGUUCCAAGUCAAGUACGAACACCUGAGCGCAUACUAUCGAAUCACGCUGAUUGCGCUGAUACUGGUGAUGACGCUGGUCGAGGUCGUCCGGCUGUACCUGGGAUAUGUCGGCAAUCUGCAGGAGAAGGUGCCCCAGCUGGCCGGCUCGUGGCUCCUCACCCUCCUGCUCCAGCUGCCGAUGCUGCUGUUCCAGCUGCUGACCCCCCACCUCUGGGUGCUGCCGGCCGAGUGGGCCUCCUCGCUGUUCUACCUGGCCCUGCUGCUCUCCCAGGCCCUGCUGGCCCUCCUGGCCCUCCGCCGCCUCGCCUCCCAGCUGGAGGCCCGCUUCCGGCUCUCCCACCUCCGCCUCGGCGAGGCCUGGGGCCCCUCAGCCGCCCCUCCCUCCUGGAGGUGAGGGAGAGAGGGAGCGGUUGGGAAGGUGAGGGGUGAGGGGGGAAAUGGAUCGACUGUGAUGAAAUGGCGGCAUGGACUCGAUGGGCCAAAUGGCCUAAUCGUGUUCCUGUGUCUUCGGG